AGGCGGUGUGCGGCUGGGUGGGACCAAAGUAAUGUGGAAACUCAGUGUGACUGCCUUUAGCGAGCAGGUAUGAACAGGAAACGGGCUCUGAUUUCAGACGCUUUCAAGGUGAAGAAAAGAAGAAAUGGCCCAGAACAGUUUGGAGCUGAUGCUGAUGGAGAUGGACCAACUGACAUUAGGUCCACCCUGGAGUACCUCAUGACUCUGUUUCCCAGGAAACUCUUCAAUGAUGCCUUACCUCAAAUUGUGCUGAAGCACCAACUCUACAGCAUUCACCACGACAAGACUCUGGUGGACAAGGAGGUGAAUAAACUGCGUGAACGCGGAGAACUGCUGAUGUUCCAGCUCGGCUUUGACGCAGAAGCUUUUGGGCUGGUUUUUGCUUUGGACUACAAGACCAAAGUUCUGGCCGGAGAGGAGGGCAAAGUGACGCGAGCAGCAGUGGAGAAGUUCUUGGAGAAAGCCGUUUCCUCUUGCACGGAUCUGAGCUUCAGCAAGGACAAGAUGCUGACGGAGUUUCUGUUCACGGACUCUGAGAUAACGCAGCUGGUGAAGUCAGGGGUCCUGACUGUGAGGGAUGCAGGCAGCUGGUGGCUUUCUAUUCCCAACUCCGGCAAAUUCACCAAGUACUUCAUACAAGGCCGUAAAGCCGUGCUCGGCAUGGUGAAGAAGUCCAAGUACAGCGAAAUCCUGAAGGCAGAUAUUGAGGAGCGACGGACGACUUCACAAGUGAAAUUCCACAUGAAGUACCACAUCCAUGACAUUGUUGGAGCAGAGCUGGUGGAGAGCAUACCUACCACUUCGGGCACAUUACUGCGAUUUGUGGAUUCCUGAGCUGCUACGAGGCUGACAGUCAUCAGCCGGGGAGUGAACGGGGAUGAGAAAUACACAAGGCAUUAGACGACUGUUAAAAAAAGUGUUUGAAUGA